AUGAUGCUCAUAUCUUCAUGGCUUAAUAUUAGCUUAGAUCCAAUUAGAGGAAAUGAGCAAAAGUCAAAGGUAUAUUGGUUAAGAGUGUGGGAGAACUUCAACAAGUACAAAACCUUCGAUUCUGAAAGAACUCAAACUUCUCUAAUGAAUCGAUGGUCGACGAUUCAACUUGCCACAAAUAAAUUUUGUGAAUGUUUUGCUCAAGUUGAAUGGUUGACUCGAAGCGGUUCGACAGAAAAAGACAAGAUUCGGGAUGCGAAAAAAUUGUACAAAGACUUGUAUCAAUUGAACUUUCCCUUUGAGCAUUGUUGGAAUGAAUUGAGUUCCCAACCAAAAUGGAUGGAAGAUACAACAACGAAGAAGCAAAAAAGCACAAAAAAUGCAUCUCCGGCAACGUCUACCCCUUGUACACCAGAUUCAGUAAAUUUGGGGGACAAUGAUAACUAUGAUGUUAUGGAAAGACCAGCAGGAAGAAAGGUCGCAAAGAAAAACAAAGCCAAAGAUCUUGGAAAUAAUGUUGUAGAGUCGCCUUUUGUGAAGCUCUUAGAAGUGAUAAAGGUAAAAAACGACAUAACAAAUGAGAAGAAAAUAGAGAUAUUUGAGAAAUCUUAUCUUCAAGAGGAAUGA